GAUUGCACCCAACAGGACCUUUCACCUUAGCAACCUGAGCUCCUAAGCUACCCACUUUUUUGAUUGCUUCAAACUCUCUUUUCUUGAUCUCAUAAUUAUAUAUAUACCCUUCAGUCUCUAUCACCUUUCCCUCAAACCACACCCCUUUUUUCCUAAAUCUUCCACGAUGGGUUCUUCAUGCACCAACUCUUCUGUCAAUGGCUUCUACAGCUUUCUUAACCAGGGACUCGUUGAGCUUCACCAAUCCUUCCUCUCAAAUAAUUUCAUGUCAGUCCAAUUUCUUUCUGGGGUCCUCUCAUACCUCCAAUCAUUUCAUUCCCAACUGACCAUUUUAGUCCAAAAGCUUCGCUUGCCUGUUGGAGGAAAAUGGUUGGAUGAAUACAUGGACGAAAGCUCAAGGCUCUGGGAUCUCUGUCAUGUUCUCAAGUCUGCCAUUUCUGGAAUGGAAAACUUUCAUUCUUCUGGCGCUAACAUAGCUUCCUCCAUUGAUGGCCACCACCAUUUGACUCCAGAAGUUGCACGCCAGGUUAUCCGCGAAUUAAACAUCUGUCAGAGGGAGAUUCUGGGGCUGGAAGAGGAAAACAAAAGCUUAACAGAAACAAGAAUCCAGCCAUUGUCCCAAUGUCUGAACCAGAACAUCUCCAUGGAAUCAAAGCUGAAUGGGUUCAAUGGCUUCCGAGGAGUUCUAUACGCAAUGAGAAGCGUCAGCUCAUUGCUUCUGAUGAUUCUGCUCUGUGGGCUCGCGUAUUGUUGGUCAUCCUCGUGCUUCCACCAUCGAAAUUACGGAGAGCAAAGGGCCUUCUCAUCUGGGUUCGUGGUUUCAAUGGCCAAUUUGCAGCAGAAAGUGGCAGAGGAGAUUGAUCAGAUUGAUGGGCAGCCAGGGAUCUUACUGUUCGAAUUUCAGCAAGCGAAGGUUGCCAUGGAGGAAUUGAAAGUGGGGUUGGAGAGAAUAAUGGCUUUUGGAGGAGAAGAAGAAGAAGAAGAAACGAAGAUUCGAGAAAAAGCUGAGAACUUGAAGACUUGCUUUGGGCUGUUGAGAUUUGGGGUAGAGACCAUAACUGGACAGCUUGAUGAUUUCUUUGACGAGAUAGUGGAAGGAAGGAAGAAGCUCUUGGACAUGUGUAGUAGCCAGAGAUAGAUCAUACAGAUUUUGAAUAUUUGCAGGGUGAAAAAGGCCAAAAA